GAAAGGAAUACUCCCCAUUGGACUGAUGUAGUGUGCCUACAUAACAAAAGCCACACAGCUCAUGUGAUAUGGUGGCAGAGAGGAGCGGCACCCUGUCACCGACUCUUAAACGCAUCGAUGGGAACAGUCAAGGCUGAAAAAUAAGGGAAACUGCGGGAAACUGCUGCAAACUAUUUAAUUUCUCACGGUUUCUUCCAUAUUUCAUUACAAGGCACUUAGCAGGCUACUUUGAGAAUAUGGAAAACCUCUCAUCUCACAAGGGCAGUGAGCUGUAGGUGCAACACUGAGGAGAUCUGUGAUUGGUUGGAGGAUGGCAGACAUAAUGGAGCUGCGAACAGAUGGAAACUCGCUCCUGAAGGCAGUGUGGCUCAGACGCUUGAGACUCACCAGGCUCCUGUUGGAAGGAGGCGCAUAUAUCAACGAGAGCAAUGAACGCGGGGAGACACCCCUUAUGGUUGCCUGCAUGUCCACACACAGUGACCAGCAGAGUGUGAGCAAGUCAAAGCUGGUGAAAUAUCUGCUGGAAAACCAGGCUGACCCCAACAUUCAGGACAAAGCAGGCAGGACAUCUCUGAUGCACGCCUGCAUCCAAAAGGCUGGACAUGAGGUGGUGGAUCAUCUGCUAAGCAACGGUGCUGAUCCCAGUCUGGAGGACAGGAGCGGGGCCUCCGCUCUUGUCUAUGCCAUCAAUGCAGAUGACAAGGAGACACUAAAACUACUACUGGAUGCGUGCAAAGCUAAAGGAAAGGAGGUCAUUAUUAUUACCACAGACAAGUCACCAUCUGGCACUAAAACCACCAAACAAUACCUAAAUGUGCCCCCAUCACCAGAGCUGGAUGAUAAGUCCACACCAGCAUAUUGUACCUCUCCGUCUGACAUUGAAGUUUCUGCAUCUCAAGAGCAAGAGCAACCAAACACAGUCUUCAGUUUCCAGGCAAAGCUGAAAACAUCCACCUCAGCUUCAAAGUUCGCCAAUGGGCCCACAUCCCCAACACAGCGGCCUGCAAACCCAAAACGGGCCCGUCUGCCUCAGCUGAAGAGGCUGCAGUCGGAGCCUUGGGGUCUUAUUGCUCCAUCAGUCCUGGCUGCAGCCGCUGCCCAUGAGGAGAGCAGGAAAGCCAGCUCAGAUGAGGAUGUUGUUGCAGGGGUCAACGGACUCUCCCUGAGCAAAAGGUCAGCAUUAUCUCGACAGAGCAGUGUGGACGGGAGGGACAGCUUCUUUCCACUGGUGGGUGAACAAGGCAGCAAAAUGAAGACCUCACUAUCAGUUCCUCUCACAUCCAAAGCAUCAUAUGAGAGAUCUCUGUGUCAGCACCAGCCACUGGCACGGCGCAGCACUGUGCCCACAGAGCAGGAGAGCAGCAGCAGCUGCAGCAGUGGCCUCCUCACUCUCAAAGACACAAUGCACAGAAGAUGCCUUGGGAAAGAUCACUAUGACUCAGACUCACAGCUCUAUUCAGAUUCUGCCAUGUUAGACUCUCCUAAGGUACCAGUGGAGCGACGGAAACUCAACACAUCUCCGCUGGCAUUGCUGACCAGCUCCAGAGAAUCUCUCGACAGCAAUGCCAGCCCAUCCUCUCCCAGCACAGCACACAGACGAGCCCCUGGCCUCCUGGAGAGGAGAGGAUCUGGCACAUUGCUACUGGACCACAUCUCCCACACCAGGCCAGGACACCUUCCCCCUCUUAAUGUCAACCCCAACCCUCCUAUUCCAGACAUAGGUGCAAGUAGCAAGCCCUCCUCACCCAUGGCCACAGGUUUAAGAUCCAUAGCUCCAGUAGCACCUAACACACCAAAGAGAGGCGGCCUCAAGUCCAAAAAGAAACUCGUCAGAAGGCACUCUAUGCAAGUGGAGCAGAUGAAGCAGCUCUCUGAUUUUGAAGAGCUGGCUCAUUAGUCAGCAGAGAUGUUUAUGAAGCACAUGUUGUGGGAGGGGAGUUGUUAACACCAUGAAUUGUCAGGAUGUACAUCUAUAGAUUCUGCUGUGUAGACUCAUGGCCAUCUAGAUGUUGAAUAAUGUAUUAUUUAUAAGAUAUAAAAAUAUAUAGAGAUAUUGAAUACGAGCAAUAUAGAUAGGUUUCCUCCCUGUUUCACCCAACCAUAAAGAUUAACACAAUUUAAAAUUUGCUGUUUAUGUAUUACAGUUUUGAAUGUAAUUGCCAAGACAUGGUACUAUUCCUCAGAACUAGCUCUUUUACUUGAUCAUGUAAUGUGUAAGGAACAAACAGGGUCCAUUUGUAGCCAGCAGGUCACCAGGGUGCACUCUGUGCAUAUGUAACUAGCACCAUUAAUGGAUUUUCUUUGAGAAAAGAAAAAUGUGAUGCACUUGUCUAAGAUGUAGCUUUUAGUACGAUGAUAUUUGACUGUUUGUAGCAAAUCUGUAUAAAGUGCCUUUAUGAAAGGAAACCUAAAAAGAAUGGAUGAAUACAUUUAAUGUAUUAAGAGCAU